CAAGGGCUGCCAAGUUUGGGUCUGUCCUCUCCUCCUCUCCUUAUUUGGUGCUGCAGGUGAUAAGGCUGCGACAUAAGGGAGACUGCAGGCCCCUCGGCCACCAGGCUGCCACUGAGAGAGGAUGGCCAGCAGGAAGGCGGGGACCCGGGGCAAGGCCGCGGCCACCAAGCAGGCCCAACGAGGCUCUUCCAACGUCUUUUCUAUGUUCGAGCAGGCCCAGAUCCAGGAGUUCAAGGAGGCCUUCAGCUGCAUUGACCAGAACCGUGACGGCAUCAUCUGCAAGUCGGACCUUCGGGAGACCUAUUCCCAGCUGGGGAAGGUGAGUGUCCCGGACGAGGAGCUGGAUGCCAUGCUGCAGGAGGGGAAGGGCCCCAUCAACUUCACCGUCUUCCUCACGCUCUUCGGAGAGAAGCUCAAUGGAACAGACCCCGAGGAAGCCAUCCUGAGCGCCUUCCGAAUGUUCGACCCCAGUGGCAAGGGCGUGGUGAGCAAGGACGAGUUCAAGCAGCUGCUCCUGACCCAGGCAGACAAGUUCUCUCAGGCCGAGGUGGAGCAGAUGUUCGCCCUGACGCCCGUGGACCUGGCUGGGGACAUCGACUACAAGUCCCUGUGCUACAUCAUCACCCACGGGGACGAGAAAGAGGAGUGACGGAGGCUGCGGCAAGACUCAGGGCCAUGCUCUGGCACCUCAAUAAACGCCAUUUCCCAGGA